AUGGAUGAUUUUCUAAAAAUUGAAAAGAUUGGUGAAGGUACUUAUGGUGUUGUGUACAAAGGAAAAAAUAAAAUAACUGGGCAGUUUGUGGCUAUGAAGAAAAUAAGACUGGAGUCUGAAGACGAAGGAAUACCGUCCACUGCUAUCAGAGAAAUUUCAUUGCUCAAGGAGCUUAAUCAUCCUAACAUAGUCAAAUUAGAAGAUGUCCUCAUGGAAGAAUCUCGCCUUUACCUCAUUUUCGAAUUCCUCUCUAUGGACUUGAAGAAAUACAUGGAUUCUCUUGGUACAGGAAAAUUUAUGGAUCCAGCUGUGGUUAAAAGCUAUCUGUAUCAAAUCAAUAAUGCAAUUCUGUACUGCCAUCAACGUCGCAUACUGCACAGAGAUCUCAAACCUCAGAACUUACUUAUUGAUAAAACUGGUAUUAUUAAGGUAGCAGAUUUUGGACUGGGUCGUGCUUUUGGUGUACCAGUAAGGGUAUAUACACAUGAAGUUGUGACACUUUGGUACAGAGCUCCAGAAGUAUUGCUUGGCUGUCAAAGGUACUCUUGCCCCAUUGACAUAUGGUCAGUGGGAUGCAUAUUCUCGGAGAUGUCAUCUAAGAAGCCAUUGUUCCAAGGAGACUCUGAGAUUGAUCAGCUCUUCCGUAUUUUCAGAAUGUUGCGUACGCCUACAGAGGAAAUCUGGCCAGGUGUGUCAUCUUUGCCAGACUACAAACCAACAUUCCCUAAUUGGAACACAUUAAAUCUUCAUAAUCAUGUACAAAACCUGGAUGAAGUUGGUAUGGAUCUUCUUCAAAAAAUGCUAGUAUACGACCCUGUUCGUCGCAUAUCGGCAAGGGACAUCAGACGCCACCGCUACUUCCGUGACGUGAAACUUCCCUCUGGCCUCACAGUACACCCCGCUUACAUCCGAUACACACCCAAUCACUCAAUCAACACAGAAAACAAUACGCAGGGUGUAUAG